AUGCCUAGGCUUGGGAGGAUUCUAAUGUAUGCACUUAUUUUCAUCUUUAGAUCUUAUGACGUCCCAUCGCUCUGUUACAACUACUAUGACCCAGAAUCAUGCUACCAGCAGGAGUUUCUAAAGCCUUCUCCCAUCCCAACGGUAUAUCAAGUAGUACCAAGGAAGUAUUUUGUUUACGUUUCAGGAGUAUGUGACUUUAUAGUCUCAAGGCUGAUAAAUUCGGAAAAGUACUUCAUAUACUCUUCCCUUCUUCCAGCAGAUGCAAUAUCAAUGGAAAACCUUCUUCUUGUGAUGUUGGAGAAGGGCUAUAGAGAUAUUGCAGGCUUCUUCCUGGCGAAUCUAAGUAUAUUCUAUGUCCCUAUUCUUACCGCCUCGAACCUGUAUGUCUUGUCUUAUCUCUAUCCGGCAUACAAAAAGGAUUACGAAAAUGCACACAAGCCUUCAUUAAGUAUCACCUGGUUUUUCCAUCUGAACAUUUUUUCACAGUACAGUAGGUAUUUCUAUGAUAUGUUCUAUGUCCUGAUGAUUUAUCUCUUCAGCAUUGUUCCUGAAGAACAGAAGAUGGAGAUUAUUUUACUAUUCAAGCCAUCUAACUACAAGAGUUAUCUCUUGUACAUGGCAGAAUCCCCAUUGUUCCACUUUUACACACUCAUUUUCGUUCUGGAAAAUUAUGUACAACUCCUGUUCAGGAUCUAUGGCAUAGGGAACCCCAACUUCCUCAAUUGGUCGUACCUUGCAUUCACAUGUUUAUUUAUCUUUGAAAGGAGAUGGAUAAUGUUAAUGAAAGAGCCUUACAAAAAUAAGGACCAGGAAAAGGCUUCUGGUUGUUCCCACCAGCUCUAG